AUGGCGUCCCGGAAUUACGCGCAAGUCGCGCCCACCGCGGCGACCAUCGCAUUGAACGCUUAUAUCUUUGGCUAUGGUGGACACUCGCUGGUGACACCUCACGCGGCGCUGAAACAACUAUGGUGGACCAACGAGCGAAUCGAUGCCAAGGUGACACGGCCAUUCGUCGCGUCGAAGCUACGCGGCGAAGAAAGGGAGUUCCUGAAUCGACCUUUGGCCUUUGGAGAAGGUCUCACAGAUGACACCUAUAUGGAAUGGAUACUGGAACGAGCCAAACGAUUCUUCCUGAUUCUUACCGAGAUUGGAGUGCCCGACCAGAUCUUCGGAUGUAUAGACGAUUCAUGGGAUGACGACGACCUGCCAAUACCGCUGGAGAAUGUCCAGAACCUGGAGCUGUCAUACGAGAACAAUGAAGCAUUGAAUCAGAAAUUCUAUGAUAUGCAAUUUGUAUACUUACUCCGGGAAUUGAAGCAAAAUUCCCAUGUAGACUAUGGCCCGAAAGAGCACAUACCCAUGGAGCAUGUGAAUGUACUGCCGCCUGCAGUAUGUCUACAGCCAUACGAUCGCGUCCACUUUCCUGGAAAGCCAGAGGAUGUGUUCAUGAGGCGGAAGUUCGCCAUGACCGAUAAGGAAACUGGCGCGUACCAUGGUGAGACGUUUAUGCGCGACGUAAAGAAGGCGAAGGCCUUAUCGCAUGAGCAUAUCGCGACCACCUGGGCAUCCUAUACCUCAGAAGAUGCCGGCUUCGUGCUGUCAGACUUCGUUGCCGAGCACACCCUGGGCACUUUCAUCGAGCACAGAACAUCCAUGCAGUUCCUGCGCGUGAAUGCCUCAGAAAGACCAAUCCUCCUCAUGGAAUGGAUGCAUUGCCUGGCAGAUGCGCUUGCAUCUUUACAUCACCGGGGUGUUGCGCAUGGCCAGAUCCGCCCAUCAAACAUCUGGAUCAACAAGCAGAACAAGAUAGCGUUUGCAGAUGUCGGUACUCUGGCCACCUUUCAGAAAAACAAGAAGGCGCCCAAGACCGAGGCUUACGACUAUGCAGCACCAGAGCAGUCCAUCACCAGGAUACCCGUGACUGUGAAGUCAAGUCCGCCUCCAGUCAGCAGCAUGAGUGCGUUCAGCAAGCUCAGGAAGAUGAGCAUGCACUCAGUCUCGGAUACGAGCAGCUCAACAAGCGGAUCUUCAGGGGCCAGCAGUACACGAAGCAACAGCUUCUGCGUAUCAAGUCCUGUCACUCCACCAUCAAGCGGGAGGUCAAACAGUCUGUCUACCAUCCGAACCACGCUUUCACCCAGCAGUGGGCCACAAUCACCAAGAAGUAUCCGCAACUUCAGUCGACACCUUCCCAUCACUUGCCCUUCACCAACGAUACCCACGGGACCAUUCUCAUCUACCUGCAUGAUCACCGAUAACAUGCUCAUGCCCAGACCGACCAUCAUUGAUCCCGACACGCUGUGCGCAUUACCCGCUGCAACUCCUGAGAUGUCUGACAUGUUCUCCCUGGCGUGUGUCUUUCUUGACGUCCUCACUUUCAUGCUCAGAGGCAAGAUCACCGACUUUGUGAAGUUUCGAAGCACACGGAUCCCGAUACCAGGCAAGAACAAGGUCCGAAACGACUCGAGCUUCCAUUCAGAACCAGACAAGAUCGCGGAGUGGAUUGGCACGUUAGAGGAAGAUAGCUACCGCCACGGCGAACCGAUCUUUCGCGGUGUGCCGGAAAUGCUGAGACUGGUGAGGAUGAUGAUGAUGCAGAAUGCUACGCUGCGGCCUACUGCGGUUGAAGUGCGAGAUCGAAUCUACGCAGUCUUGCUUGAUGAAUGUUCAAUCGAGACUUUAUGCUGCGCUGGGAGAGAAUGGGCAGAGAUUCAGAGCGAUGAUAAGGAUGACGGUAGCAUGAAAUCUCCUUUUAGACGUGACCGGGACGAGCUCAGUAUCGCGACUGGCAUCCUUGGCAUGCCUCCUAGGAAGGGAAGCGACGCUGCCAGAUGCGCGAGCUCGUGUGGAGGCGCGGGUGCAGAUCGUAUGAGCAUCUUGUCGAGGGCAGAGUCGAGUGUGACGGUUAAGACUAGGAGGCGGAGUUCUGCUAGUACUGCUACGGCGAGGUUGAGCUCGUGGAGGAGCAGGUUUAUGAGGUCGCCGUAG